CUUUGUCGAAGCCCACCACAAUUCCAACCCUCUCUCCCAUUUUUCUCUUCUUCUUCUUUUUUUUCUCUCAAAUUCACUCUCAAUUUGCAGAGAGAGUAUCUCUCUCCCCACUCUUGAUCCCUCUUCAUCUUGGUUUAUGAGCUCGAAGGAGAGACCCACUCUUGGUGGAACGCGGAUUAAGCCCCGCAAACGGAACAUUGCAGCGCCUCUGGACCCUGCAGCGUUUUCGGAUGCAGUGGUCCAGAUAUAUCUGGAUAAUGCUGGUGAUCUGGAACUUGUUGCCAAGAGCCUCGAAUCUUCUGACCUUAACUUCUCAAGAUACGGUGACACCUUUUUUGAGGUUGUUUUCACAGGAGGUCGUACACAACCCGGAACAACUAAACCUGAUGAGGGUGAGCGCCACUCCUUUUCCAUAAUAGACUGUGAGCCUCAACGUGAAGCCAUUUUACCAUCUGUAAUCUACAUACAAAAGAUCCUGCGGCGAAGGCCAUUUCUCAUAAAGAAUCUCGAAAAUGUUACGCGAAGAUUCCUGCAGUCCUUGGAGCUUUUCGAGGAAAAUGAAAGGAAGAAGCUGGCUAUUUUCACAGCACUUGCGUUCUCCCAGAAGCUCUCAGGGCUUCCUCCAGAGACUGUGUUCCAGCCACUCCUUAAGGAUAAUCUCGUUGGAAAAGGGCUAGUUCUUACAUUCGUAACAGACUUCUUUAAGGAGUAUCUGGUUGAUAAUAGCCUUGAUGAUUUAAUCUCAAUUCUGAAACGUGGUAAGAUGGAGGACAAUCUCCUGGAAUUCUUCCCUUCUGGGAAGCGGUCUCCUGAAGGUUUUUCCGAGCAUUUCACCAAGGAAGGAUUGACAUCCUUGGUUGAGUACAAUGAGAAGAAGAUAUUUGAAGUGAGACUGAAGGAUAUGAAAUCUGCAAUAACAACCCAAAUAGCAGAGGAGACUGAAAUGUCUGAAGUUAUAGAAACUGUGAAGCAACGCGUCAAAGAAGCUAAAUUACCUGACACUGAGGUCGUGCGCAUACUGUGGGAUGUCUUGAUGGACGCAGUUCAGUGGUCUGGGAAGAACCAGCAGCAGAAUGCUAAUUCAGCUCUACGCCAGGUCAAAACAUGGGCAGAACUGUUAAACAUCUUCUGCACCAACGGAAAACUUGAGCUGGAACUGAUGUACAAAGUGCAGAUGCAAUGCUAUGAGGAUGCUAAGCUGAUGAAGCUCUUUCCGGAGAUCAUUAGGUCUCUCUAUGACCAGGAUGUGCUUGCCGAGGACACAGUUCUUUACUGGUUCCGCAAAGGAACAAACCCUAAGGGCAGGCAAACUUUUGUGAAGGCUCUGGAGCCAUUUGUGAAGUGGCUGGAAGAAGCAGAAGAAGAGGAAUGAAGUUGCAGCCUAUGGUGAUGAUGGCGAUGACAACGAUGACACUCAAAUGAAAUCCUUGUUCUUUCUGUUUUCUAUUAUAAUUAGUAAGGAAGCCUAUUUGACAAUAUCAACUCUCAUAAAAAAACUCUUCCAUUUGGUGUGUGUGGUUGGUUCCUGUUAAACCCUAUAUGAUCAAACCAUUCUGGAUCAUUUUACUAUUACUACUACUACCAAUAAUCGAUGUCACUUUGUACUUGUCUUUA